AUGGAUCAAAAUCAACAUGGUGAAGCAACAAGAGAGGUUGGUCCACCAGCUCAUACCAAUCCUCCAACUCAAACCGCUGGUCCAUCUAACCCUUCAUUCUACUCUAGAGAGCAACAAUAUGUUCCUCCCCAAUACAUGUACCAGCUACAACAAAACCAAUUGCAACAACAACUUGAUAAUGUAUGGGCAAAGCAGUACAAGGAAAUUGAGGAGACCACUAAUUUCAAUACUCACAGCUUGCCUUUGGCCAAGAUUAAGAAAAUAAUGAAGUUUGAUGAAGAUGUGAGGAUGAUCUCAGCUGAGGCUCCUAUAGUGUUUGCCAAGGCCUGUGAAAUGUUCAUUCAGGAUCUUACAACAAGAGCUUGGGCUAAUGCUGACAAUAACAAUAGGAGGACCCUUAAAAAAAUGGACAUUACAUCUGCAAUCUCAAAGACUGAUGUGUUUGAUUUUCUUCUUGAUAUUGUGUAA